GAUGAGGAAGUGGCUGCUGGAGCAGGACUGGAGAUGUUGCUUCCUACACCAAUGCACCAGCAUCUGUCAGGACUUUACUAGCUAGUAGGCUGCUAGAUAAUAGUAAUAUUUUGAAAAUGCGAUGGGUAACUGCUGGGCAUACUGUGCUGGGUUCUUCCGGAGAGAAGCUAACAGGAUUCAGAGAGGAGGCGGGUCCAAAUACUUCCGGAGCACCACCACAGGGGAACAUUAUACAAUAGAGUUUGAAAAUCUGGUAGAGAGUGAUGAGGCUGAGAGCCCACAGCCCUGCCCGAGGCCCAUCAAUGAAGAGGAGAUCAAGAACCUCAAGGAGCACCGCUACGCCGCGCUCCAAGAUCAACAGAUCCUGAUCGACCAGAAGCUGCAAGCGGAGUUAGAGGCACAAGAGGAGAAGUUGAGGCUAGAAGAGGAGGCUAGAAAUGCCACCCAGCGCGAGGCCGCCAGGUUGGCGCGUGAACGAAAGUUGAAGGAGCAGCUGCCUGCCCAGAGGACACGGGGGAAAGCAGAUGGCUCCGGCGGAGAAACGCAGCAAAGAAAGGCUCCUGGGGAUUUUGACGUCUACCUCAAUCAUGUGAAGGCCCAGUCGGACGCCUUCAGGAGCAACAGACUGCCGUCAGACACGAACGUGGUGACCCCCAACACUGAGUACAGCUGGGACUUCACCACCAAGACGCGCUCCACCAACGACGACGGCACCUCGCUGGAUCUAGAGUGGGAAGACGAGGAAGGAAUCAAUCGUGCUCUUCCAGCCUGGGAGAGGUCCCGGACGGAGGAGGACAUCCUGCGCGCCGCCCUAAAGCCCGGGGGCAAGCAGGUGACCAGCGGGCCCACCUCUACCUCGGAGGACUCCAACGCACUGGAGUGGGAGAACGAUUUUGUGAGUACGCUCCCAGAGGACAGCUUAGACACUGAAUUCGAAGGGUUCGUCAAUCCCGUCCUAGACACUCCCUCCGAGGACGCGUCGGACCGCGGCCUCAAGUUGGAGCUCCAGGACAGAUAGUGUUCAGCACCAAAGGAGACGUUUGUUCUGUCCUCUCUAUGUCCAAGCUCACCAGCGUCUGCCUCAUCGAAUGGACUCUUCCUAUUUCUGCACUCUGACGCUGCAGGAAUACGUCACGCUACUCACUACAGUUCGCUGUAGUGAUGUCUUUAUCAAAUACUCAUUUUUUCAGUGCCUUCAUUUGCCAUAUUAGCCGACCAUAUAUGCAUUGUAAAUUACACAGAUCAGUUACCAUCCAUUACAAUUUGAGACAUUGUGUAAAAAAUAAAUUCUAGGCAACUGGAAUGAGUGCUAACGUUAGCUUAAAGCUGCAUUCACAUGCUAAGCUAGCAGGGAGGUAUCAUAGGUAACUAAUCUAAACUCGCUGUUUUCACAGCAAGGCUCUGCACUCCUGUUGAGCAAAGACAACAUUGUGUAUCAAGUGAAUGCAGCUCAAAAGAAACCUUGAUCCUUAAAAGCAUAGUUAAUUAUACAGUUAAAAUGAAAAAAACGACUUAUCUGAAAUCUCAAGUGCCACACAAAUGUACCUCAAGGCGGUUUAAGGUCAGAUUAUUUUAGCUACAGUGGGGUACAGUUUCGAUAAUCCAGCAUUGGAAAUGAUUUCAUCCCGAGGAGUUUACGGCACACAACACAAGGUGAAAGUAGCAAGCAAAAACGUUUUCAUUGAUGACAACAAAGAGAUGCACCAAAGUUUUUUCAACGCGCUUUGAUAAAACAAACCCUGAUCAUUAUUUAAAAUGCACAGACAGUGCCCAGGCAAUAAUACAGAAAAUACUCUGACAUACUCGAGGAAUAAAAAACGCUGUGUGUUUUAAUCACUGACGGAAACUACACAUUUCCCUCGAUGUAAGUUAUUACUGUUCUUUUUUAAAGCCCAGCAUGAGCAUGUCUCUGCAUUUGAACUAUCCUAACUGUUUAGUAGGGCUCUAACAAAACAUUGAUCUGGACCAUUCAGUGUUUAAUGAGCUGUUAUCAUCCACGCAAAGUGAAAACAUUAAUACAUAUAAGACAAGCCCUUAUUUUUUUAAAUAAAUAAAAAAUCAGAUUUUCAUAAAAGAGCCCAUUCACACAAUUGUCAAAUAAUAUUAUCGUUGCUUUCAGUGAGUUUAUAUGAAUAGAAACUGACUGUGGUAAACAGGUUUAUGAUAUUGUCCCAUAUCGAAUGCAGACCCCUAAACUGAAUGGAAAAUUGUGAUAUCAGCAAAUAUGUUUUUAGGAAAAGUUAAUAUAUCUUACCAAUACAAAACGUGUUGUUUACGUCCCUACUAGCUAGCAGCAGCAGACUAUCCUGACUUUUGGUUUGUAUCCUGUUGAUGAUGCAGUGUUAGCACAGCCACUGUUUCCACAUUUCAAGCCUGUACCCAAGAUUGUUUCUGCAGUCGCUCGGGGUGGUGUUUUGUUAUUAUCAUCACUAAAUUGUUGACAACAUUUAUACUUUUUGUUUAAUUUUGUACUGUUUAAUUGAAGGUGGUAAGACAGAGCAUGUCAUAAAGAAGCAGCCACUAAAAUAAGUCCUGGGGUUUGUGAUGUCACAAAGUCAGAGGAUUAUUGCCAAUAUGGGGCCCGUCAAAUGUAAGACUGCGUAACUGAUAACUGUAGAAGAUCAACUAAUAUGGUACUAAUGUAUGAGACACCCAUUCAAAUUCAAAGGCUUUCAUAUUUGAUUAAAUGUAUCAAUAUUCAGGUCAGCGUUCACAAGAUUAAAGAAACACUCACUGUCCAUUUGCAGUCAAAAGCACAGUGGUUUUAUGUUUUUAAAUAUACAUAUUUCUUAUAACAUCUGCCAACAAAAAAACAUUUUAUACCAUUUUAUUUUAGUUAAAAAACAAUAGCACAGAACAGCGACAUCAUUGCCACAACACAUAAUAUAUUAUGGAUUAUUAAGGACAGUGUUUUUAUGCAUUUCUACAUAUAUGCAUACAUUCCCUAUUUCAGAAAUAUCUAAACUGGCCAUCUCAUCUUAAUUCCAGUAAUUCUCUUCAACUGUAUCUUUCGUUAUUGUGGAUAAUUAUUCUGAUAUACAGAGGAAUAGCUGCAGAAUGUACAACAUAUGUGGAACAAAUGUACCAGCUUAGAACAAUUACUGUUGAUUUCUGAUUGGUUUCUGGCAUUAGGUGUUCAAAUUAUUUAAUUUGAUAUGACAUCAUUUAUCGUUUAUAAUUAAAACAAUAUUUUGUGCAGAUAAUGUGAAAAGAUGGAGGUCAGGAAACAUUCAAAAUGUGACGUAAUAAUAAUAUGAAUAGAUAUAAUGCUGCUCACCCGAGGAAUCUGCUGUAUACAUGAAUCUAAUUCCUGUGCUUCGACCUUCGCAGACGUUUGUGCUUCACGUUGAUUAUUUAAUCUGUUUGAAUCAAAGGUAGUUCACUGAUUGCACUCUGAUUUUUGAUUUUGGUGUUAUUAUCUCUUAGAAAACUUUCACUGAAAUGAUUUUGUGUGUGUGUGUGUGUGUGUGAGAAACUGAUCCGAGGAAUGGGCACUGCUGUUUGAAGUGUGUAGACAAGACCAAGUUGAUUUGUAUGUUUUUAUUUGAGUGUGUCAUUUAAGAAAUGUUGAACACGUUGACUUUUGGUGUGAUAACAUUAUUUCUGAUUAAUCACUGUAACUUUUCUGUACAGUUACAUUCCUUUUCACACUGAGCUUGAAAUAAAAUAUAGAAAAAAUGCAUCUUGCAACACCUACAGUGUAAUGACCAAAUACAAUUUGAGAUGAAGCACAGCUAAUUCUAACAUUUAGCCUGUGUGAAAUAUUGCCUUAAAAAGGACAAAGUACAAAACUCAAGAGUGACAAACCAAAGUUAAGGGCGAUUUUAGAGAACUUCAAAAAGCAUCUUAAAAAAGUACAAGUUCAUCAGAAUACACAUUAAAUAAUCUACAAUACAUGUUAAAAAAAAUAUGGGGCUGCCUUUCAUUUAUUUUCCACUGUAUUACUUUGUGUUUUGUUUCAUCUCUGAACAUUUUCAAGGGUCCAAAUCCCUUUAAAGAAAUCUAUACUGAUGAAAUACUGUAAGAUCAUGCACCAAAGCCUAUUUACUCUGUACAGCUUAUCAUGUUUUAUUAAAGUUGGUUAUAGUAUCUUUA